UGUAAGUCAAUUGGUUGUUGCACUGAAACACAUAUUUUAUCUUCACAUUUGAACACUUGCAUUCCCUGUGACACGCCGCCAUUGCUUGUAAAUGUUUACAAAGACCAGAUUCAUAAUUUACUAGUUAAAAAACAGACGACAACUUGCUGUACCACAAGAGAAUAUUCAGCGUAAUAUUUAUGGUAAAAAAAUUAUUUCAUGUGCAAAGUACGUACAGACAUGAAAUUACUACCUUAUGAUCAGUUUUUUGCCACUUUUUACUCCAUAAUUUCCCUCAACUUUUAUGCCCUGCUCACUACUUGAUCAUAUACUGUAUAGGGGAAAACGAAAAAAUAAAUAAAAAAUUAAAAGAAAAAGUUGUAUAAUUUUUAUUAUACUUACUAUCAUCCAAAGAACACCUGUGGAAAAUAUGCAAGAAUUCUAUAAACUCCUUCGGUUAGGAAGUUACAUAAGGGUAGGUCAGGUUCAGUUAAAGUUACGUGCAUAGUUGUUUCCAUUUUUGUGGUUAAUACCAUGCAAAUAACAUCUUCAGAAAGUUUGGUGCAAUACCGUGAAGACCUUCGGAUGCUAACUGUCUUCACCUUUACCGAAAUUGUUCCCCCACAAAAGAUAAAACUUUUUCUUACCUCGAGGAACAAUACAUGCAGUACAGUACCUGUACUGUACAUAUACCAAGUAGCUACUUAAUGUUUGGGUGAAGCUCAAGUUUAGGUUGGUUAACUUAGGUUAGGUAGGUUAGUUUGGUUCAUUUUAUGAACAAUAAAUUUUUUGAUGUAUCAGUAUGUAAUACAGGUACUUCAGAAAUUUCCCAGUCUUGCCAAAUGUCAACAACCAUGUUAAAUACAAGAUUAUCACACAUUAAAAAAUUGCUUACACUUUUGCAUGAACCAACAGCUCGAGGAUAUUGCACCCCAGAAGAUAAAGUGAUUUCUUACCUCCUGAAAAGGUAAAAAAGUGGAUGAAGAAUACAAAUCUCAUGAUAACUGUAUCAGCUUUACAAGUUUUUCCCUCAUGAUGAUUCAUCUGGAUGAUCAUCUGGAAAGGAAUUAUCCCAAGUGGGAUGUAAUGAACCGUACUUGCAUGGGUUAUAAGCGUAAUAGUUCUAAUGACAAGUUCAGCCAAAUAUCAAUAUUGUUAAGAAUUCUUAUACAUAUAAGGUCUUCUUCACUCAGUUUGGGAACAUGGCUGCAGCAGCCUCUACUAUAUCUGGAACCUCAGCCAUGGCUUCAGCAGCAGUAAGCAGUAGUAGUUCCAGCCCAGCAUUGAGUUUCCGCAUAUUGUCUGAGUGUAGCAAGUCGAAGGCAAGAACAAGCCUCAUGAAGUUACCUCAUUACACUGUUGAACUACCAAUGUUUAUGCCAGUUGGGACCCAGGGCACAAUGAAAGGUCUUCUGCCAGGACAAGUGAAAGAUGCCAAGGCUCAAAUCAUCCUGGGAAACACAUACCACCUGGGUACUCGUCCGGGGAAGGAUCUUCUAAAUGAUAUUGGUGGUCUUCACAAGUUCAUGCAGUGGGACAGAGCUCUGUUGACAGACUCUGGAGGCUUCCAGAUGGUCUCCCUCUUAGAUCUGGCUGAAAUCACUGAAGAAGGUGUCAAAUUUAAAUCUCCAUAUGAUGGAUCAGAAUGUAUGUUGACACCGGAGGAAAGUAUAAACAUACAAAAUGCAAUUGGAGCGGACAUCAUGAUGCAGCUUGAUGAUGUGGUGGACGUGAGGGAGAAGGAAUACGAACGAUUCAAGACGGCAACAUACAGAACCACUCGUUGGCUUGAUCGCUGCAUGAAGGCUAAUAAAAAUCCUGAUCGACAAAACUUGUUUCCAAUCAUCCAGGGAGGACUCUUUCCAGACCUUCGAAAGAUCUCACUCGAACAACUGAUUGCUCGAGAUGCUCCAGGCUAUGCCAUUGGAGGCCUCAGCGGAGGAGAAGAGAAGGACAAAUUCUGGCCGACAGUUCACCUGUGUACAGAUCAUCUUCCAAAGAAUAAACCUCGGUACUGUAUGGGUGUUGGGUUUGCUGUGGAUCUUGUUGUGUGCUGUGCUCUCGGAGUUGACAUGUUUGACUGUGUUUUUCCCACCCGAACUGCUAGGUUUGGCUGUGCUCUCAUCGACAAUGGACAGAUCAACCUCAAGGCUCGCGAUUUUGCCACAGACUUUCGGCCCAUUGAUGAAAAGUGUGACUGUGAGACUUGCAAGAAUUACACCCGUGCAUACCUUCACACUAUUGUCACUAAGGAGACGGUUGCCUGCCAUCUUUUAUCAAUGCACAACAUAGCAUAUCAGAUGAGGUUGAUGAAGAAUAUUCGGGAGAGCAUCAAGGAAGAUCGUUUUGUUGACUUUGUUCAAGACUUCAUGGCUUGUUACUACAAGGAUCAGAGCUAUCCACAAUGGGUCAUAGAUGCCUUAGCUGCUGUCAACAUUAUACUGAAAAAAUGACGUGAAAGAGAAGACUUCUGAUAUUUGGGACGACCAAGAGGAUAGUGAUGAGAAAAUGGAGCACCUGCGUUCAGAUUUUGGGAAACUCUACCUUACAGGUUAUAGAAAUGCUAUCUUAGAAGACUUUGAAGAAG